AUGGCGACGUGCUGGUACGUCUCGCCCACGGGGACUGUCCCUGGAGGCUCACCGAGUCUGGGUUUUGCCACGCUCGCGUUGCGUGAUACCCAGGGCUCCCACGGGGCCUUCAAAUUGGUCCACUUGUGCAGGGCCCCCGCGGACUUCUCGCUGAGGUUGCGCACGCAUGCCCGCCAGGGCCUGGUGGACUCCCUGAGCUCGCUCGCCUCGUCCGCCUCGCUAGCCCAAACCUGCUGCCAGUACUGGAGGUGUUCCAGGUGCACUGCCAGCUCCUGCUGCUCCUUCAUGCACUCCAGGAUGGUCUCGAAGACGUGGGACCGCGGGUCGCCGCUGAAGCUUGUCCCGUCUUCUUCCAUCGCCACCGCCAUCUUCUCUGCCGCGAACGACUUCUUCUUCGCCGCGUGCGCGAGGGCCGCCUCCAACCGCAUGGAACGUCUUGGCGAUCUCCAGGGACUGGACCUUCUUGCCCGCCUGCUCGGCCUUGUUCUCUGCGGCGUGCAGCUGAGUCUGGAUGUCCUCGAGCUGCUGCUGGAGCUUCACCACUUGGGCGUCUGCCUUUGUCUGUGCUUUCUCUGCUCCACGGAGACUGCGGGCGGCGCUAGGGCGCCGCCGCCUGCCGCGGGCGCCGGGCCUGGCGAAUCCAGCGCCGGCAGCCGCUGGCCAGGCUCAGCCUGCCAAGACGCCGGAGAGGCGCCCGAGGAAAAGGAGGAAGGCGGUGCGCACGAGGGGAACGGCGGCGAGCGCGAGGAUGACAACGAAGCGCUGGCAAGUGACGCGCCCAGCUUGAUGGAUGGGCUGCGCGGCGUGCAGGAGAAGCUGCAAGAUGCGCGUGGGGCCAUGGACCUGUACAAGAUCACGCGGGCCGAGGGGGCGCAGAUGAUGGAUCAGCUGGUGCGCACACCGCGGCGUCAGGACGCCCGGCGGCACCGCCUGGGCGUCGGCACUCUCCAGCGAGAAGGAGCUCGAGAAGGAGGAGGACCUCCCGACGAGACUUCCCUAACCAGGAGUUCGACGCAGUCCUGCAGAACAUGCACGAAGCCCAGAUGGCGAUGA